AUGACCCCGCCCCUCCGCAUCGCAGUCCUGGAAUGCGACACGCCGCUCGAACAGACAAAUGCCAAAUACGGUCCGGGGUACCACGGCGUCUUCAAGAAGCUCUUACUCGAUAGCGCGCAGGCCCUAAACCAGCCGGAGAAACUCGAUCCGCAGUCUGGUCUCGAUAUCAGUCGGUUCGAUGUUGUUACGGCGCAGGAGUAUCCCGAUUUGGAGGAUAUUGACGCGGUGCUUUUGACGGGGUCGAAACACAACUCCUUCGAGGACCACCCGUGGAUCCUCAAGCUCGUCGACUUUACAAAGAGAGCCAUCGAGCACCCUCGCGUGAAGAUCCUGGGCAUCUGCUUCGGACACCAGAUUCUCGGCCGCGCGCUGGGCGUCGAGGUCGGUCGGAACAAUGCCGGAUGGGAGAUUGCCGUCUGCGACGUUGAUUUGACGGAGAAGGGGAAGGAAUUAUUUGGGGUUGAGACUCUUAAAAUCCAACAAAUGCACCGCGACAUCGUCUUCUCGUACCCGCCCGACACCAUCCCGCUGGGUAGCUCGCCCCGCUGCGAGGUGCAGGGGAUGUACCGGGCUGGGAAGUUUAUUACAGUGCAGGGCCAUCCGGAAUUCAGAGGGGAUAUUGUGACUGAGGUCGUGACUGCUCGGGCUAAAGUGGGCGUUUUUAGUGAAGAGCAGGCGGCGGAUGCGCUGAGGCGGGCGAACAAUCGACAUGAUGGGCUUGCUAUCGGUGUUGCGUUUCUGAAGUUUUUAAUCGAGUAG